UCAUAUUCCAAAUGAAUUUAUUCCCUACUUUAUCAUAUAUGGCUUCCCUCACACUACAAGAGAAAGACCAAAAAGAAUUUCACUCCACCACACACCCCCAAUUAUUCACUCUUGUUUGAUUAGCAAUGACUAGUUCUAAGAAGCUGGAAGUUCACACAGAUGAUCAAACUCCACAUAAAUGGUGCACUCCUUUGGGAGAAGAGGUUUUCAAGAGAUUCUUCAGCCAGGCUAAUCCAACAGUGCACAAGAUUUUUGGUGAAGGGUCACUUUUCAGUCCAAUGUUGUUUGGAAAGUUCUUUGAUCCUUCUGAUGCAUUCCCUCUAUGGGAGUUUGAGUCUGAUAUCUUGCUAUCUCAUCUGAGGAGCUCCAACCAAAAGACUGUGGAUUGGUAUCAAACAGAUGAAGGGUACAUGUUGAAGGCAGAAGUACCAGGAAGUGGGUUAAGUAGCAUUGAAGUCCAUGUUGAUAAUGGGAAGGUUGUGGAAAUUAGUGGACAAUGGAAGCCCCAAAGAGACUCAAAGGCAAAUGAUUGGAGGUGUGGCCAUUGGUGGGAAUAUGGAUAUGUUCGAAGACUAGAGAUGCCAGAGGAUGCAGAUUUGAAGAUUGUUGAAGCUCACAUAUAUAAUACCAGAUUUUUGGAACUACGAAUACCAAAGUGCCCUCAGGGAAAGCAUGUGGUUUCAAGCAGUGUAAAUUAAGACAUUAGUACAAUCACAUUUAGCUAUAUAUAGUACAGUUUGUCAUACUGUAGUUGACAACUUGACAUAAUUAACAAAGAACAAUCUAAAACUGUACAACAAUACUAUUUGGCAUGAAUGGAAUUUUGUAAAAUGUGUUA